AUGGACAAGGAGGCCAGUGCCGCUCUUUGGCCUCUUCUGGAGAGUGCCCUCAAGAAGGGAAAGAGUGCUUAUUUAGUUGGUCCUAGAGCAUACAUCGAUGGGAAGGAAAUACGACGCAAAUGAAGAGACAUCUCUACCUAUCCUUCUUUAUGUUUUCUAUCAUAGGUUGUUGACAUUGAAUCAUAUACUAUAUUGACACUGACAUUUUGAUCGUCAUCCAUUGAUUAUGACAUUUGACAGGUAAUUGGUUCUUGUUAUUUUUUUCAUUUUUUCAUUUAUAAUGUUCCAAUACAGGUUAAUAUUAAAUUAAGAUUAAAUAUGACAUGUAAUAUGUUCCAUUCCACUUAUAAGCGAGUGGGAGUAACAUUUUCAAUUCAGUUAAGUAGUUGGUUAACUACUUUUAUUGUUAGGGAGUUACUUCUUAUAGCCGUUAACACAAGGGGUUUACGUGAAAUUGUAAAAAGAAAAGCUUUUUUCUAUUUUGUAAAGAGACAACGGCAGAUUUUACUUUCUUACAAGAAUGCCAUUUAUGCUCAGAGGAUGUGCAAUUUUGGAAGAACAUGUGGGGCAAUGGUUUAUGGUUAUCACAUGGUACAAAUCACUCUGCAGGAUUCGCUAUUCUCAAAGACAUGUUUAAAGAGGAUGUAUUAACUAAGACUCAUACAAGAGAUACUGGGUCUAUUUAGUAAUUGAAACUGCUGGAGAACAGUUCUUACUUUAAUGUUUAUUGUUAUAACUCAAGAAAUGAAAAACUAUUGGAAGAUAUAAAAGAGAAUGCAAAGCUGAUAUUUGGGUGAGAGACAGAAAUCCUCCUAGAGCACAUGAUUCAGGUAAUAUGUAAUCUGUAUUCUCUAAUAUAAAUGUUACUGAUAUAUGGAGGUAUAGAAAACCUGUGGUAAAAUACUUAUAUUGGAACUCUACAGUCCAGAAUAGACUUAUGGCUGAUAUCCAAUUAAUUAGAACCUAAAGUUGAUCAAAUUGAGACUCACCUGAUAUUUUAACAGAUCAUAAAGUCAAACUAAAACUGAAUAUUUGUGAUGACUCACAAAUAUGUUCAAAUGUGGGUUAUUGGAAAACAUAUAACUCUAUUGCAAAUUGAAGAUUUCACACAAAUUGUCAAUUAUCUUAUUGAAGAACACUGGACAUUAGCCAUUAGUAAAUGGUGAACAUGGGAAAUACUAUGAAGUAUUACAGUUUAAGAUUAGAAGAUUGGCCAUGAGGCAUUGCAAGGAACAUGCAUAAAAAAAGAGGUUGAAGAUAGAAUGCAUUGUCAGUGAAAUUGCUUCCCUAGCUGAAUGUCAAAAAUAAAGUACAGAGUUGUAUGAUAUUCAGUUACAUAAACUGCUAAAUUAAUUAAAAGUACAACGAAAAGGCUAGAGGGGCUUUUGUUAGAUCAAAAAGACAAUGGAUGGUGGAAGACGAGAAUAAUUGCAAUUAUUUCUUCAGCUUGAGAAAUUCAAUGUUUUAAUUAUUAAUCCAGUAACUUUAAAUGAGGAAUUCAUUUAAACAAGACAAGCACAAAGACAGGUGAAACAGAUCAGGGUGUAUCAGUACACACCCCUCUAGGGACGUCACCUGGCGUCCUACAUGGGCGCAUACCUGAUUGACCAGGGUACCAGCGUUGGAACUCAGCGAUGAGGCCUGGGUCCAGGAUGUCCCUAGCGUGGACCCAGCACCUCUCCUCUGGGCCAUAACCCUCCCGUAAACCAGGUACUGGAAUCCACUGCACCGCAGUCGAACCUUCAGGAGGCGCCUGUGUAUGCUGGUUGGCCGUCGAUGAGACGGGGGAGAGGGGUAGGCCUGGAAACAGGAGCCAAAGGGCUCUGAGACAUGAAAAGUGGGAUGUAUACGGAGGGAUCAUGGCAACAGAAGACGAACAACAGAAGGGCUAAUAAUCUUGGAGAUGGGGAAAGGUCUGAUAAAAUGGGGAAGAUCCCAAGUAGACAGCCAUACCGUUGGACUGAGGGUGGAAACCGGAGGACAUGCUGGCCGACGACCCAAUGAGUGUGCAGAACGUCUUCCAGAACCGGGACGAGAACUGAGGACCCCGGUCGGAGACCAUGUCCACCGGGAGUCCAUGGAUCUGGAAGACGUGCUGUGUGAUGAGCUGGGCCGUCUCUUUGGCAGAGGGUAGCUUGGGGAGAGGAAUUAAAUGAAAUGGGUUGCUUUGGAAAACCGGUCCACUACUGUCAGGAUGACUGUGUUGCCAUCAGAAGGGGUGAGCCCCGUGAUAUGUGAGACCAGGGACAAUUAGGGAAAGGCAGCGGUUGAAGGAGACCAGCCAGAGCUUGCCGAGGAUUCUUGUUCUGCGCACAGAUCGUGCAGGCAGCAACGGAUGCGGAGAUGUCAGGGACCAUGGUAGGCCACCAAAAGCACUCUUGUGCAAAGGCCAGGGUCCGAUGGUAGCCCGGAUGGCAGGCAAGCCUGGAGGAGUGGGCCCACACCAGGACCGAUGGGCGGACAGCGUCAGGAACAAACAACCGGUUAUCUAAAAUGCAAAUUAAUUACUUAAAAAUCAUACAAUGUGAUUUUCUGGAUUUUUGCUUUAGAUUCUGUCUCUCACAGUUGAAGUGUACCUAAGAUACAAAAUUGCAGACCUCUACAUGCUUUGUAAGUAGGAAAACCUGCAGAAUCGUUUCAAAAAAUUCUAAAAAAUUAAAAACAGAAAAGUGGUGUGUGCAAAUGUAUUCACGCACUUUGCUAUGAAGCCCCUAAAUAAGAUCUGGUGCAACCAAUUACCUUCAGAAGUCACAUAAUUAGUCAAAUAAAGUCCACCUGUGUGCAAUCUAAGUGUCACAUCAUCUCAGUGUAUAUAUACACCUGUUCUGAAAGGCCCCAGAGUCUGCAACACCACUAAGCAAGGGGCACCAUCAAGCAAGUGGCACCAUGAAGACCAAGGAGCUCUCCAAACAGUUCAGGGACAAAGUUGUGGAGAAGUACAGAUCACGGUUGGGUUAUAAAACAAUAUUCGAAACUUUGAACAUCUCACGGAGCACCAUUAAAUCCAUAAUAAAAAAAUUGAAAGAAUAUGGCACCACAACAAACCCGCCAAGAAAGGGCCGCCCACCAAAACUCACAGACCAGGCAAGGAGGGCAUUAAUCAGAGAGGCAACAAAGAGACCAAAGAUAACCCUGAAGGAGCUGUAAAGCUCCACAGCGGUGAUUUGGAGUAUCUGUCCAUAGGACCACUUAAAGCCUUACACUCCACAGAGCUGGGCUUUAUGGAAGAGUGGCCAGAAAAAGCCAUUGCUUAAAGAAAAAAAUAAGCAAACAUGUUUGGUGUUCACCAAAAGGCAUGUGGGAGACUCUCCAAACAAAUGGAAAAGGGACUCUGGUCAGAUGAGAAUAAAAUGUUGCUUUUUGGCCAUCAAGGAAAACGCUAUGUCUGGCGCAAACCCAACACCUCUCAUCACCCUGAGAACACCAACCCCACAGUGAAGCAUGGUGGUGGCAGCAUCAUGCUGUGGGAUGUUUUUCAUCGGCAGGGACUGGGAAACUGGUCAGAAUUUAAGGAAUGAUGGAUGGCGCUAAAUACAGGGAAAUUCUUGAAUAAACCUUUUUCAGUAUUCCAGAGAUUUGAGACUGGGAUGGAGUUUCACCUUCCAGCAGGACAAUGACCCUAAGCAUACUGCUAAAGCAACACUCGAGUGGUUUAAGGGGAAACAUUUAAAUGUCUUGGAAUGGCCUAGACAAAGCCCAGACCUCAAUCAAAAUUGAGAAUCUGUGGUAUGACUUAAAGACUGCUGUACACCAGCGGAACCUAUCCAACUUGAAGGAGCUGGAGCAGUUUUGCCUUGAAGAAUGGGCAAUACUCCCAGUGGCUAGAUGUGCCAAGCUUAUAGAGACAUACCCCAAGAGAAUUGCAGCUGUAAUUGCUGCAAAAGGUUGCUCUACAAAGUAUUGACUUUGGGGGAGUGAAUAGUUAUGCACGCUCAAGUUUUCUGUUUUUUUGUCUUAUUUCUUGUUUGUUUCACAAGAAAAAAUAUUUUGCAUCUUCAAAGUAGUAGGCAUGUUGUGUAAAUCAAAUGAUACAAACCCCCCCAAAAAUCCAUUUUAUUUCCACGUUGCAAAACAAAAUAGGAAAAAUGCCAAGGGGGGUGAAUACUUUCGCAAGCCACUGUACCACCAUCAGAAAUCACACAUGAUGUCCCGGGAGGUCUACCCCGAGGGUUGGUGAUAGAGGGGAGGUACGUGCCACGACGUCGUUGGCUCCCUCUGCUGGGACUACCCGGGAUGGGCACCCCGACGCUGAUAGCAUCCAUUAGGGGUAAUUAGGGGAGGGUGCCAACCAGCCAUGCAGGCCACAUAAAUGGAGCACCAUGGCACAACCUGAGAGAGAAAAAGAGAGAGGCAAGGAGUGAGCCGACAGAGGGGAACGAAGCUCCCGGAGGCAUGGAGACGAAUAUGAGAAGGACCGAGCCAAUCCUAAGUAAAUUUGUUGUUACAUUUAUUUUUGUUGCCUAGUAAAGUCGUGUUUUCUGACUAGAACCUCCCUGUCUCUGUGUCCAUCUCUGUGCGCUGAACCCAACACCCCAUGGUUUACCACACCUGUCUGACAGAUAAUUAUCAAACCACUUGCAAGAAGCCUGAUCCAGGACUACUUCAGUCAAUCUUUGAAUGAGCAUGUGAAGGUCAACGGUAUCAAAGCCCUUGGAAAUGUCUAUAAAUAAGACAGCACAAUGAUGUUUAGGAUCUAAGCAAUUUAACACAUCUAAAACAAGCGUAGCAGCAUAAUCUGUGCUAUGUCCAGGUUGAAAACUGGAUUGGUGCACAUAUAAGAAUAGAGGUAGAAGUUAAAGUUCUUAGCAGAGAGGAUUCUAAAACUUUGGAAAGGCAAGAUCAUUUGGAAAUUGGACGGCAGUUAUCUAAGUCAGAAGGAUUUGCUCUUUUAUGUAGGGGGAGGACAUGUGCCGCUUUCCAGAUCUUAGGGAUAACGCCAGAAACAAUUGUCAAGUGGGACAGAGCGCUGCAGUAAUGAUGGUUUGUGUUAAAAUUGAUGGAAUUUCAAUAAAAAAACGAAACAAAAAACAAAUCACAGCACAGAUUGAAGGGCACACUUCCAGGCAUGGGUACACUGAAAAUGGCUGCCUGUCCAACCAUUAUGCCAUCAUUAAUUUGAAUAGAGACACCCUUUCUAUUCAUUCUAUGAUGUAGACAGACAGACAGGAUAUGUAUAUAGUCUUCGCCUGUUUCAGUUUGUGUGUGUGUGUGCAUGCGUGCCUCUCUGACCCUGUGUCCUGCCUUCUCUCCUCAGAGCUGUUCCUGUAGAGCUGAUCCACUAUGUUGUUCCUGAGGAGGCUGGUGUGUGUGUGUUGUCCUUCAGCACUGGUGAGGGGUGUGUUGGACUCCAGACACUGUACGUUCGCCCUCACUCUCCUCACACUACUCAUGCAGGUGGUGGUGGAGGCCAGCUCAUGGUGGUAUGUACACUUCAUUUUACACAAUACACUUUACAUGAUACUGCUCUGCUCUCUGUGUGUGGAUAAAGAGGAGGUAGAGAGAGAGACAGAGGGAGGCAAAGAGAUGGAGAGGCGUGUUAGAGAAUAGAGAGAGAUAGACAGAAGGAGGGUGGAGGGGGUGAAAGAUGGGGGAGGGAGAGAGACGAGAAGGAGGGGAGAUAAAAAGGAAGUCGAGAGAGAGACAGAGGGAGGCAAAGAGAGGGAGAAAUAAGGAAAGAGGGGGAUUAUAGAAGAGUGUGUGUGUGUGAGAGAGAGAACCAACAGAAAUGAAUGCAAUUGACUUGUCAACUACUUGAUGCAUAUCUAUACAUAAAUCUCAUUGAAUGCAAUGUAUUAACUUAGGAAUCAUGUCUGUGAAGCAUAUUUGUAGGCAGUAAUAUUGUGACACUAAUCUUCUCCCAAUUGAAUGCAAUGUAUUCACUUAGGCGUCAUGUCUCUGGCUUAUCUCUAGGCAUCAAUAUAGUUACACUAAUCUUCCCUCAUUGAAUCUAAUGAAUUCAUAUAAGCGUCAUGUACACAACAUUGCUCGUCGAACAUCUCAUUCCAAAGUCAUGGGCAUUAAUAUGGGAAGGCUUUACACUAGAUGUUGGAACAUUGCUGCGGGGACUUGCAUCCAUUCAGCCACGAGCAUUAGUGAGGUCGGGGCACUGAUGUUGGGCGAUAAGGCCUGGCUCACAGUCAGUGUUCCAAUUCAUCCCAAAGGUGUUUGAUGGGGUUGAGGUCAGGUCUCUAUGCAAGACAGUCAAGUUCUUGCACACCAAUCACGACAAACCAUUUCUGUAUGGCUCUCACUUUGUGGACGGCGCUAUUGUCAUGCUAAAACAGGAAAGGGCCUUCCCCAAACUGUUGCCACAAAAUUGGAAGCACAGAUAUGUCUAGAAUGUCAUUGUAUGCUGUAGCGUUAAGAUUUCCCUUCACUGGAACUAAGGGCCUAGCCCGAACCAUGAAAUACAGCCCCAGACCAUUAUUCCUCCUCCACCAAACUUUACAGUUGGCACUAUGCAUUCAGGCAGGUAGCGUUCUCCUGGCAUCCGCCAAACCCAGAUUUGUCCGUCGGACUGCCAGAUGGUGAAGCUUGAUUCAUCACUCCAGAGAACACGUUUCGACUGUUCCAGAGUCCAAUUGCGGCGAGCUUUACACCACUCCAGCCGACGCUUGGCAUUGUGCAUGGUGAUCUUAGGCUUGUGUGCGGAUGCUCGGACAUGGAUACCCAUUUCAUGAAGCUCCCGACAAACUGACGUUGCUUCCAGAGGCAGUUUGGAAUUCAGUAGUGAGUGUUGUUACGGAGGACAGACGAUUUUUACGCACUUCAGCACUCGGCGGUCCCGUUCUGUGAGCUUGUGUGGCCUACCACUUUGUGGCUGAGACGUUGUUGCUGCUUGACGUUUCCACUUCACAAUAACAGUACUUACAGAUGACCGGGGCAGCUCUAACAGGGCAGAAAUUUGACGAACUGACUUUUUGUAAAGGUGGUAUCGACAUUGAAAGUCACUGAGCUCUCCAGUAAGCCUAAUUUACUGGUAAUGUUUGUCUAUGGAGAUUGCAUGGCUGUGUGCUCGAUUUUAUAUACUGUACCUGUCAGAAACGGGUGUGGCUGAAAUAGCCAAAUCUACUAAUUUGAAGGAGUGUCCAUAUACUUUUGUAAAUAUAGUGUAUCUAUACAGUAUAUCUAUUUAUCAUUUGGAAAAUAUAGAACAGGAAAAUCCAAACGUGUGUGUGUGUGUGUGUGUGUGUGUGUGUGUGUGUGUGUGUGUGUGUGUAAGAAACAAAAACAAAACUAAGUAAAUAAAGUGUGUGUAAUCUUUUGUUGAAUUUAAGCGGGUGUGGCUGAAAUAGCCGAAUCCUCUAAUUUAAAGGGGUGUCCACUAAUCUAAACGGGUGUUUGUGUGUGCCAUUAGGAGAGAAGUCUAAAUGUGAACAUGCAGUUGAGAGACAAACUGAAUAGAUUUGCUACACAGAGGUAAACAGUGUUUAGACAUCACCAUAGGAGCAUUGCUCAAAUCAGAUCUAAUUUGAAUUCUGUUUGUGUCUCUGCGUGUGAGCGUGUGUGUGUGUGUGUGUGUUUGCCUGCAAGUGUGUGUGUGGUGUUUGUGGUGAUUUUGUAACAGCAAAACGCUAAAGAAUUUGUGCCAAAUGGAAAGUAGAACUUUUACAGACAUGUUUUCUACUUGUUUAUAGGAAACUAGAACAAACAGUACACAACUCUUUAGUGAGAAUACUGAAGCAAUGAGCUAUACUGAGGUCAUUAGGCAGAGGAAUACAAUCAUCUGUAGCCUUUUCAACAAAUCCAUGAAGUUGUAUUUGUUGAUGUAUUGAGACUCUACAUACUGUAGUUGACUAAAGCAAUGGCAGAAGAGAAAUUCCAUUGUGAUAUUCCAUGGAUUAUGUGAUUUAGUAUGGACACAAACAUUAUCACACAAAAUACCUACUGCUGACGUGUGUGUGUGUGUGUUGUGGUUUGUGUGUGUGUUUGUGAUUUGUGUGCCUUUCAGUUCCCUCCAGUAAAAGACACACAGGUGCAAACGAUUUACUGUGUCCGAGCGAGUGAGGCCUGUUAGGGGGGUGUGUGUCAGUGUGUUUUCUCUCCCUCCCUCCCUGGCUGCUCUCCCCAACAGAUCAGGUUACAGUGGGGGCUAAUUGUGCUGCUCUGGGGGGGUUUAGAAUGGAUUGCUGUGUGUGGGCACGCGAGCUUGCGUGCAGUUAUUCUCUAACAGGUUAUUCUCUCUCUCUUCCUCUCCCUCUUUCCAGGUCUUUAGCCAUGAACCCUCUGCUGAUCCCCGAGGCAUACAUCAUCGGUGCCCAGCCUCUGUGCAGCCAGCUGGUAAGUCUGUCUCAGGGCCAGAAGAAGCUGUGCCAGCUCUACCAGGACCACAUGCAGUACAUCGGCGAGGGCGCCAAGACUGGCAUCAGGGAGUGCCAGUAUCAGUUCAGACAACGGCGUUGGAACUGCAGCACCGUGGACAACUCCUCCGUGUUCGGACGGGUCAUGCAGAUAGGUAAGGCUUAG